AUGCACGACGUUAUAAGGUCUGGCGCAUACGGAAUCCGGAAGGCUUUCCAGAGGCUCUUGGAGCUCGGAAGGACGAAGGCGGUCCGCAGCGUGCGAUCACUUCUUGCUCUCAACCACGACCACGACGACCUCGGCGUCACCGUCUCCCUCAACCAUCACCACGUCUGUGCACUUCUUCCGCUUCGGCACACGGGUAACAAUCCCUAG